AUGGUGGGUUCUCAAGCACUUGUCGCGUUUCGAAGAACCGAUGGGAGUUUCAAAGCAUACACUUCACCUAUAACAAGUUAUGCGACUCUUUUGCAAGAGGGUAAUCUUAGCUUCCCUGUUCACAAUGUUUCAGGGCCUAAUCUUGAGUCUUUUGGAACUUUAGAUUUUGUUUCUGGGAAGAUUGAAGAAAUCAGGUCAAAAAUGAACUUCAAAAGAACCAGACUCAGAAGUGUACAUGGAUUUUUGAAUGCGAUAAGCUGGGGAAUACUAAUGCCAAUCGGGGUGAUCUUUGCUCGCUACUUGAAGACAUUUAAUGGUUUAGGAGCAACAUGGUUUCAUUUGCAUCGAGCUUGUCAAUCUAUUGCAUUCUUGAUUGGCAUUGUGGGCUUUGUCACUGGUGUGUACAUGGGAAAUCACUAUGGAGUUCAUCAUGGUCCUCAUAGAUGCAUCGGAAUCACUCUAAUUGUUCUAGCAACUGCUCAAGUUUUUGUUGCCAUAUGCCUGAGGCCUAACAAGGAUCACAAGUAUAGAAAAUUUUGGAAUUUUUUUCACUACAUAAUCGGCUAUUCAACGAUUAUCUUAGCCAUAUUGAAUGUCUGUAAAGGCUUUGACAUCCUCCAUGGUCACAUGAUGUGGAAGAAAAUGUAUAUUGGGGUACUCAUAUCCCUAGCCGUGAUUGCUGUGAUGUUGGAGGUGAUAACUUGGAUUCGGUGGUGCAACAAGAGGUCCAACUCUGAGGAAAGUGAUGACCAGCAGCUCCCAUAG